UCGCGCACGGGGCUGUCCCCUUGUUUAUUUUUAAUGCAGGAUAAAUUAACUCUAUUUGAAAGCUAAUAGUAAACUGGCAAGUUGGGAGGAUUAUUGUUGAGAGACAUAGUGGUGGUGGGCCUCCUUCCUCCUUUUUCACCAUCAAGUCAUUGUCUAGAACCUUCUCCCCGGGGAGGGGAAGUCCCUAUGUUCAUGGACUGAGUCCCUGUAUACCAAGGUAGAGAAGUUUAAAGAUAAUUAAAAUAAAGUUUGAUUUUGAGUUUUGGAAAGAGGAGUGUCUUAGGUAAAGUAGAAGUGUGAAUAGAGAGAACAUAGUCAGGUUAAGAGGGAAGAAGUGUUCUGGGCCGGAGGCUUGUCUGGCUCCGCACUGCCUGCCAUGCCACCUAAACUAAUUCAGUGCAUUGUGCUUCUGGUCUCAGAGUCCGAGUGUGUGUGUGUGUGUGUGUGUGUGUGUUUCCAUGCCUGCUGCCUCCUCUCUCUAUUCCCCGUGGUCAUUUAAAAAAAUAUUAAACAUGAGGGUGUUUCUUUCCUAUUAAAAAACGGUGAGUCUCUUGUUCCAUAAGCCACAGGCCUCAGACGUGGGCAGGAUCCACAGCCUUUGAGUUUCUGACCUGUGCUCUGAGUUCUGUAAGGUUCUGAGUGAGAAGACUAGAUCUCAUUUUCUGUUUCUAGUACCAUGUUGUAUCCACUACCUGAUCUUUUCUAGUUAACCUCUUUUGCUCUCCAGAAAUUAUCUUUAACCAUUUUCUCACAUAGUAAACAAUAUAGGCUCUAGAAUCAGACUACGUAGGUUUAAAUCUUGUCUUCACCUACUUACUAGUUAUUCCUCAUCUGUAAAUAAUACCUACCUUAUCGGGAUAUGAUAGUAAGCACUUACUAACACUUGGGCAUCAUUAUUCAUAGUUAGGUCUCAAGAGCCUCAGCCACAUUUUAUCUAUUUGCUAUUGAUUUCAUGGCUCUCCUAUGUCUGGUGUGAUCUGCUCUGUUGGUGAGUGUAACUUUUACCUGUUCUCAAGAUUCCCUUUCUCAAGUGCCCCUUGGUACCUUGGUGUUUGUGGGGUGGUACAUUGGUGCUGAAAGGGCUGAAACUUGAGAAGACUCUGAACCCUUGUAUUGCCAGUGAAACUGCAUCAUCAUCACCUUCACAGCUGAUACUGUUACAUGACGGCAGUAGUGUGGAGUGAGUACAGCAGAAUGCCAGUGGCAUCCUUAGUCAUGAUAAAGACCAAGGAACAUUGACUCCCCUAAGACAGAAUUCGGCGGGGUCAAAUAGAAAGAGUUCUAACUAAACUCCAGUUCUUUCCUAUUUCCUCAUGUGUCCAUUCAUUGAACAGUGUCGAACUCUUACUAUGUGCCAAGUACUAGGAUAAAUAAAAGUCAAACGUAGCUCUUAAUUUUGGGAACUCUCAGACUCCCAGGGGAAGGCAGCCUAGGGCAUAGCUGGCAAGCAUGCCCUGGGCAUUAUGCCCCUCAGAGUGUGCCGGCACCGUUGACCACACCAGACAGCUUGUUAGAAACACAGAAUUGCUUGGGGGUGUUCUUCGAGCUCUCCAGGAGAUUCCUCUGCCCACCACAGUUGAGAGCACGAUGUUAGUGUUGAUGAAGCCUGGGGACAGAUACCCAGGGGACAUGGCUAUUUCUUUCUCUGGGAGCUUACCCAGCAGUCCUCUGUCCCUGGAGUAGCAUUUGUAGACAGAGUCUGCCGGGAAGGCCGCUCCAGCAAGGACUGCCACCAUGCUGUGGAAUGUUUUCUAGAGCUUCCAGAAUACCUCAGUAAAUCAGGACUGUCACGCCCAUUGACUGCUUUGCUGCUGGAGCUCUUAACGUGAAGGGCCAGGAGCGACCCUGGCAAGCCUGGGGCUGACGUGUGUGGGAACAGUGGGAGUGACCCUGGCGGGGAAGCAGGGGCGCCUGGAUAUUGUUUUUCCACCUCCUGUCCCGCUACUUUCUGCCCUGGGCUCCGAGCUCUCAAGCACCCACAGAUGGCGUUCCCGGGCAGGGCGCGCCCCUAUGUCAUCCCAGAGAACGAAGAAAUCCCCCAGACAGCCCUUAACAGUGUCCACCAGGCGAAUGGCAAUGAAGACGAGAGGGCUGUGUCCAAGCUGCAGCGCAGGCACAGUGACGUAAAAGUCUACAAGGAGUUUUGUGACUUUUACGCGAAAUUCAACAUGGCCAAUGCCCUUGCCAACGCCACUUGUGAGCGCUGCAAGGGGGGUUUUGCGCCCGCCGAGAAGAUCGUGAACAGUAAUGGCGAGCUGUACCAUGAGCAGUGCUUCGUGUGUGCUCAGUGCUUCCAGCAGUUCCCAGAGGGCCUGUUCUAUGAGAACCGCCCCCCCGGUACCUCGUGACUUGACCCAUCAGAGCUGAGCAGUUCAGCUCAGCAGACAAAACCUUUUCAUACGCUUCAGCCACAGUUUUUCUGGCUUCUCCACCCAGGUCCCCACUUGCCUUCUCCCCUACACAUACCUCCUGAUUCCUGCCUCUGUGUCCUGCCUCCUCAGAGGACCACUAAACAUCCUCUUUAAAGGAAGAUAUCUGUUACCUGCUCCACAACUUUGAGGCGAUGAGUGGUAACUUCCAUGGAUUCAUGUUCUAAGGAGGAUCUUGUUUGGGAACGAGUAUUUGGGGGGAUACCUUGCUUGUAUUUAGCUCUCCUGUAUGUCUUAUAUUCUUUUCCAAAUACUUGGUUUUCUUGAUCCUCCAAUAUUACCACGUGGUCUUCACUUCCUUUGUUUUUAUUCUUACCAUAACUGAAACCUCCUUUUCACAAAAUAGUCUACUUUUGGGACUGGUCUAGCGAAGCUGACUGCAUGCUGUUAAUGAAAAUAAGAGUGAUGUGAGUGUGUGUGUGCACAUGUGCGUGUGAGAUCAAUUAGAUCAUUUACUUUUACCAAGUUGGUCCUUACAUAUUUGUGUAUCUAUAUGUUAUUCAUAUGUGUGUCUCUAUCUGGUAAUAUAUGUACAUAGAAUUAUGUUACAGCCAAAGGUGGCUGCUCUUUGAUUUCUUCUGCCUUGAUUUUUUAAUUUCUCUGUUUUAAAAGCCAUUCCUGAGGAAGGAAAGGUGGUUUUUAAAGAUCAUUAGUAAGUCAAUUGUUUGCCUCUCAGACAGCAUUUUCCCGUAGAAACAAUGCCUCCUGAGAGUGAGGCUCCCAGGCUAGCCUGCAGGAAAGCUAUUUAUGCCGUCAUGGCACCUGAAAUACAGAACUACUAUGUGGAUAGUAAAGUAACUCUGGGAAACAGCUGUAAGAGCUUUCAUUAGGAAACACCAUUUUAUUCACUAGAACACACUUUUUGAGCUCCUACCGUGUCUCAGAAACAUACAUUCCCUACAACAAAAACCCUGGCAAUAGGAAUAGGAGUUCUUUUUCUCUUUUCUUUCACUUCUUCCUAUCUCCUUCCCUGGGUAUUGGGAAUCUCUUUCCCGUCAAGGGUGAUGGCUUUGGGAUGGGAAUGGCAAGUGACAGCUGAGGUGAGACAGGAGCAGGAGAGAAGCAGUCCAACCGCAGGAGGGGAGAGGGGCUGUAGUGGCUGUGAAUCUAGACAUCAAGGUCACAGAUCUCUCCUGAGCUUGUGGGUGGGUCCACCAUUGGUAAGGAGAGUGGCCACUAGAUUCAUGAAGAAGAAAAAGAAAUCCCUAGGGGCUGAGGCAGCAGGAAGAGAAAGGGAGAGGGGGGAGUUACUCAAUCGAGUAAAAGGAUCGAAGGACCUGCUUCUUCAGAGUCUUGACACAGCCUCUCAGGUCUCUAAGUCAGCACAGUGGAGGGGUGCCAGGACUGCAAGGAAGGAGGGGAGACUCCAGAGCACCUUGAAGGGAAUCGCAGACUCUGCCUCCAGAGGGAACAUCAGUCCUCACACUCUGUAAACCCCUUCUUAUCUUACCUCUACGUUUUCUUUUCACUUGAGGCCCAGAGAGGUUGAAAUGUCCUGAUAUCACAGCAGAUUGGUGAUAUGAAUGGGAUGAGAACCUCAUUUGAUCUCCUAAUGUCCAAUGUGGUAUUCUUUCCCUUACAUAUUCUUUUCAAAUCUAAGACAUGUUUAUUGAAAUGAGUAGUUAUGGCAAAGGCCUUAGGAGAGAUUCCAGAGGAACAAUAGAGAAGACCUCAAAAGAGAAAGGCAGGCUGUGUUUUCCCAAACAUUUUUGUUAUUUCCCUGGCCUGCUGUUCCCUUUCUAUCACUUUCUUUUUCCUACCUUGUCCAUCCGCCUGCCGCUUUGGAGUCGUUGCCCUCACCUCCUAAGCUCCUAGUUCAUGUGUGGGUACCGUCGCUGCCCUGCCACUUGUGCUUAGUCAGAGGGCAGGCUCCGGCAGCGCCUGAGUGGACGGAAUAAAGCAUGACUCACACUUGUUCUCCUGCCACCUCUCACUCAUCUUUCCUUCUGGACUAUAAAUACCCUCCCUGGGUCGUCUGAUAUUAUUCUAGAAGAUGUUAGGAUUAUCCAGAACUAGUCUAGGACAGGCAUACCUCGUUUCAUUGUGCUUCGCAAAUACUGCAUUUUUUACAGAUUGAAGGUUUGUGGCAACCCUGCAUCGAGCAAGUCUGUAGGUGCCAUUUUUCCACCAGCAUUUGCGUACUUCAUGUCUCUGUGUCACGUUCUGGUAGUUCCGGCCGUAUUUCAAACUUUUCCAUUAUUAUUGUAUUUGUUAUGGUGAUCUGUGAUCAGUGAUCUUUGCUGUUACUGUUGUAGUUGUUCUGGAGCACCAUGAACCACGCCUGUAUAAGACGGCAAACUUAAUCAAUAAACGUUGUGUGUGUUCUGACUGCUCCACCAACCAGCCAUUCCCUCGUCUCUCUCCCUCUCUUUGAGCCUGCCUACUCCCUGAGACACAGCAAUAUUGAAAUUAGGCCAAUUAAUUACCUGACAAUGGCCUCUGAAGUGUUCAAAUGAAAGGAAGAGUCGCACAUCUCUUACUUUAAAUCAAAAGCUAGAAAUGAUUAAGCUUAGGAAGAAAGGCAUGUCGAGAACCGAGACAGGCCAAAAGCUAGGCCUCUUGUGUCAAACAGCCAGGUUAUGAAUGCAAAGGAAAGUUCUUGAAGGAAAUUAAAAGUGCUACUCCAGUGAACACAUGAAUGGUAAGAAAGUGAAACAGCCUCAUUGCUGAUACGGAGGAAGUCUUAUUGGUCCGGAUAGAAGAUCAAACCACCACAACGUUCCCCUAAGUCACAGCCUAAUCCAGAGCAAGGCCCUAACUCUCUUCAAUUCUAUGAAGGCUGAGAGAGGGGAGGAAGCUGCAGAAGGAAAGUCUGAAGCUAGCAGAGGUUGGUUCAUGAGGUGUAAGGAAAGAAGCCACUUCCAUAACAAACAUGCAAGGCGAAGCAGCAAGCGCUGAUGGAGAAGCUGCAGCAGGUUAUCCAGAAAAUCUGGCUGAGAGACUCAAUGAAGGUGGCUCCACUAAACAGCAGAUUUUCAAUGCAGAUGGAACAGUCUUUAUUGGAGGAAGAUGUCGUCUGGGACUUUCGUAGCUAGAGAGGAGAAGUCAAUGCGUGGCUUCACAGUUUCAGAGAACAGGCUGUCUCUCUUAUUAGGGGCUCAUGCAGCUGGCGACUUUAAGGUGGAGCCAAUGCUCAUUUACCAUUCCAGAAAUCCUCAGACCCUUAAGAAUUAUGCUAAAUCUAUUCUAUGUGUGCUCUAUAAACGGAACAACAAAGCCUGGAUGACAGCACGUCUGUUUCCAACAUUGUUUACUGAAUAAUUUAAGCCCGCUGUUGAGACCUACUGCUCAGAAAAAGGGAUUCCUUUCAAAGUAUAACUGCUCAUUGACAAUGCACUUGGUCACCCAAGAGGUCUGAUGGAGAUGUACAAUGAGGUUAAUGUUGUUUUCAUGCCUGCUAACUCAACAUCCAUUCUGUAGCCCAUGGAUCAAGGAAUCAUUUCAACUUUCAAGUCUUAUUAUUUAGAAAUACUCUUCAGGGGCUGGCUUAGUGGUGUCGUGGUUAAGUUUGCACUCUCUGCUCAGUGGCCCAGCUUUCACGGGUUCAGAUCCUAGGCACGGACCAUUCAUCAAGCCAUGCUGCGGCAGUGAC